AGGGGUGAGUCGUGAGUGUCGCUUCCAUAAUAUUCUAUCGUAGCAACGAAUCGUGUCACGAAUUAAAAUAUACAAUAUAUUAGAUUAUGAUUAUUAUGUAUAUUUUAAUUCGUGGUAAGUGUUAACAAAAAAAUUAAUAAUAUUAAAAAAAAACUUUUAGUGAUAAUAUACGACUGAUUACAAUUUAUAAAUUUAUAUACUUCUGAAGUUCUGAAUCGUUUAUUUUCUGGCAUACGAUUCCGUCAAUAGUAUAUUUGAGUAUCGACUAACACUUUAAGAUAAUUCCAUCGAAAUCAAACCGUUUUCUUCAAUAUGGAGGACGACCUGCCAUCCAAAUAUGAAGUGAUCGUCAUUGGCACUGGUAUGACUGAGUCGAUUGUUGCUGCUGCUGCUAGUCGAAUUGGAAAACGAGUUUUACAUUUAGAUAGAAAUGACUAUUAUGGUGGUAUGUGGGCAUCAUUUACAUUUGAAGCUCUUCAAAAAUGGCUAGAAGAAUGUAGAAAUGGAAAAAAAAAUGAUUUUGUGAAAACAUCUUCUCCACUAGUGCAAGACAGUGAGAAAUCUAUAACUAUAGGCAAUCAAUUUUCCACUGUAUUCAAUAUUGAAGAAAAAUGGUUUAUACCCGAAAAACUUCCUUCAGUUGGUAAUUUGCUUAGUGCAAAAAUUACUCAAACUGAAGAUAGUCCCAAAGAAAGUAAGGAUGGACUGACUGAAACUGAAGCUACAUUAAAACAAAAUGAUAAACUUUGGAGUCAAGCUAAAAUUAAAACCAUGGGGCGUAAAUUUAACCUGGAUUUAGCACCUAAAUUACUUUUCUCUCGUGGCACACUGGUAGAACUUCUUAUUUCAUCAAAUAUCUCUCGUUAUGCUGAAUUUCGAUGUGUAAAUCGUAUUCUUACAUGGCAGUCUGAUAAAUUGGAAACUGUUCCAUGUUCCCGAGCAGAUGUGUUCGCUACUAAAAAUGUUGGACUUAUUGAAAAACGACAAUUAAUGCAACUAUUGACUUUGUGUGUUGAAUAUAAGCCAGAAAGUGAUGAAUUUAAAGGAUUUGAAGAUAAAACACUAAAACAAUACUUAGAAAGCAAAAGCUUAACUGAAAAUCUAAUGCAUUAUGUAUUAUAUGCUAUUGCCAUGUCAAAUGAUACGACACCAUGUAUGGUUGGUGUUGAAAGAACCCAACAAUUCCUAAGUAGCCUUGGACGCUAUGGUAACACACCAUUUUUGUGGCCCAUGUAUGGUACUGGAGAACUUCCACAAUGUUUUUGUCGGCUAUGCGCUGUAUUUGGAGGUGUGUAUCAUCUGAAACGAGCAGCUGAUAGCGUUAUAGUAGCUAACAAUGAAUGUAAAGCUAUUUUAUCUGAUGGAUCGCGGCUUGAUUGUGAUCAUCUUGUAAUGGGUGUUGCUGAUGCUCCUCCAGAAUUUUUAGGCUCUGUUCCUAAAGCAGGUCUUUCAAGAGGCAUUUUUAUAAUUGAUAGAUCAAUAUCUACGACCGAUAAAGAGUCUUUGACAUUACUUCAAUUCCCAAUUAAAGGAAAAGAGCCAAUAACAGUUAUUGAAGCUGGACCAUCCACUCACGUUUGUCCACCUGGACUAUAUUUACUACACAUGACCACUAAACAAAUAGAUAAUGCAGUAAAUGAUUUAAAACCGGCUGUUGAUGCGUUAUUACAUUCUGAAUAUGCAGAUGGUACUACAAUUAGAAUAAACACUGACACACAAUCAACUCAAACGUCAAAAGAGGGAGAUUCUUCUGCAUCAAGUGGGGAGUCGAACAUAUUAAAUGAAUCAUUAAAACCACAAAUUUUGUAUGCACUAUAUUUUAAUUGCCCUGAAACAUCUGAAUAUGAUCUAUCACAAAAUGUUCCGAGCAAUGUACAUUUGUGUUCAGGACCUGAUCUGGCAGUUGAUUAUGAGUUUGCUGUUAAACAAGCAAAAUCUAUUUUCUCCAAAAUGUAUCCAGAUUCUGAAUUUUUGCCCCGCGCUCCUGAUCCUGAAGAACUAUCGCUUGAAGUUGAUGAAGCUGCUGGCCCUCCGUUCCAAAGUGCUGAAGAACCAAAAGAAGAAUGAAUUAACUUAUAAAAUAUCCUGCAUUUGCUUUAAUUUUAUUAUGAUAGGCUAUUAUUUUACCAAUUUAAUUUAAGAAAUUGUUAGCUUUUAUACUUGUAUAACUGGUUUAUCAUCUUACACUCUUAAAAAAUAUAUUAAAAUAAUAUUUAUAUUUAAUAAAUACAUCUUAAAAAAGGAAUUCAUAUUAAAAAAGUAGUUAAUAUUAUUAUUUUUAUUGAAUGGAAAUAUUUUUAUGUAAUUAAAUUCUUAAUAUCUUACUAAUAAUAAUUUAUCAAGAGUCUAUACUUAAUUAUAAAAUGUUAAAUUUCGAAAUUAAAUUAUACCUUUUUAUUAUAAAUAAGACAAUUCCAUCAAUUUACAGUUUAAAAAUAAAUUAUUUUAAUAACAGGAUUUGAAUAGUGAAAUGUAUAAUACCUAUGUUUUAUAUGUUUCAAUGUAGCGUUAAUGUUUACGCAACUGCAAAAUCUAGCAUAAAAUAUGAAUUCCUCUUGAUUACAUUCCAAAGUUUUUUUUUAAUGAUAUUAGGCAACUAGGUGUUUUCAUACUAUUCAAUUUAUCAUUAAAUUAUUAAUAGAUUAAAAAAAAAAGUCACUGAAAGUAGUUAAAUAUCACAUCAAUUGAAUUAAUUAUGUAUGAUAAAAAGUUAUUGAUAUCUUAAUUGCAUUUAACUAAUGAUUUAAUCAUGUGGUUACUGUAAUUUGCAUCCUUUAACUUGGAUUAAAUUUUCUUAGUACUGAGUAAUAUUUAAACACAAUAAAAGUUUUUUACUUAUUGAUAAAGAAAGAACAUCAUUCUAUAAAUAUUGGUAAUUUUUAAUCUAUUUAUUAUUCACUUAAAAUGUAUUUGAUUAUUUAUAAUUUUUACUAAAGUAACUAAUUUUAAAUGACUAUAGUUAACAUUACACCACAGGUAUCUGCUUAAAUAAUUGAAAUUCUUAAUGCAUUUAGAAAUAUAUAUGACCAUGUUAUAUGCCAAUAUAAAAUAUUUGUUUAAUAUUAGUUUAAUUGUGUUAAAAACAAUUUGUUUCUGUUCCUUUGUAUUUCUAAAUUUUCUAGUCAGCAAAUUUGAUUUGAUUUUCACCAUCUGGUAAAUAAUCUUUUGUAAUUUUAAAUUUGUUCCUUUUUUAAAUUUUUAUUGAUGCUUAUUUUAAGUUUGAUUUUGUUUUGUUUACUCUACAUUUUACUGUAUGGCCUCAAAUAUUAUCUUAUUAUAUUGCUAUAUUAUAAUUUAUUUUUAAUCUAAUUAAUUUUUAGAUAAUAGAUUUAAAAACGAUAUUUUGAAUCUGUUGCUUUUUGCAAUAAAUUACUUGGUGAUUUGGUUUUUAAUUUGUAUAAGUAGAAUAAAUAUAGUUAACUAAAUUUUA